GUUUUUUAGCGGCCGAUACCAGCAAGGACAAGUUUUCAAUCAAGAAGAAAAAAAACAAACAACAGAAACACUUAUUUCUCUUCUUUUCACUGUGGAAGUCUUUUAAAUAAUUCGCCAUAAAUUCAUUCUUGGGGAUUAUUGCUGGAUUUCUACAUAUUUUUGCGGGAUAUUAUUGUGUUAUUUGGUCUGCUGUUUUUGUGAAGCAGGCAGCAGGUUGGUGUCUCACCAUGAAGUUGACAGGGAUAUUUUUGCUAUUGAUGCUUUGGACCUGCGAGAGUGCGAGAGUCGCAGAGAGUCGAGACGACAAUAGCGUGUAUGACUUGUUUGAGCUCGUCCAAGUCCCCAAGAAGAAACACGGGGUGACCCUGGUCAAAGGAGACGACCCGUACAGCCCCGCCUACAAGAUCCACAACCCGGACCUGAUCCCCCCGGUCCCCGAGAGCGCCUUUAGGGACCUGAUCGAUUCCAUCCACGCCGAGAGGGGAUUCCUCCUCCUGCUCAACUUUAAGCAGUUCAAACGGACCAGGGGAAGCCUCCUGACCGUGGAGAAGCAGGACGGUUCUGGACCCGUGUUUGAGAUCGUCUCCAACGGCAAGGCGAACACCUUGGACAUAGUUUUCUCCACCGAGAACAAGCAGCAGGUGGUUUCCAUUGAAGACGUAGAUCUGGCUACAGGCCACUGGAAGAAUAUCACGUUGUUUGUGCAGGAGGACCGGGCGCAGCUGUACACGGGAUGCGACGAGGUGAACACCGCUGAGUUGGAUGCGCCCAUCCAGAGCAUCCUGACGCCGGAGACCCCGGCCAGCGCGCAGCUCAGGAUUGGCAAGGGAGCCGUGAAGGACAAGUUCAUGGGGGUCCUACAAAACGUGCGGUUUGUCUUUGGAACAACACUCGAAGCCAUCCUCCGCAACAAAGGAUGCCAAAGCUCCAUGACGACUGAUACCAUGAUCCUGGAGAACCUCAAUGGCUCCUCAGCCAUCAGAACCGAGUACACUGGACAUAAGACUAAAGACCUGCAGAUGGUCUGUGGCUUCUCCUGUGAUGACCUGGUCAGUAUGUUUAAGGAGCUGAAAGGACUCGGUGUGGUGGUCAAGGAGCUGUCCAAUGAACUGCGCCAGCUGACGGAUGAGAACAAGCUGAUUAAGAACCGCAUUGGCAUUCACAGUGGCGUCUGCAUCCACAACGGCAUCGUGCACAAGAACAGAGAUGAGUGGACUGUGGAUGACUGCACCGAGUGCACUUGUCAGGACUCUGCUACUGUGUGCCGCAAGAUCUCUUGCCCCCUGAUCCCCUGCGCUAAUGCUACUGUUCCUGAUGGAGAGUGCUGCCCACGCUGUGGAACACAUGGUCUGAAUGGACCCAUUGUUCUGUGUCUUGUGGGCGGGGCAUCCAACAGCGUGGGCGCUCUUGCGACCGUAUCAAUAACAACUGUGAGGGCACCUCUGUGCAGACCCGAGACUGCUACCUCCAGGAGUGUGACAAGCGCUUUAAGCAGGAUGGCAGCUGGAGCCAUUGGUCACCCUGGUCAUCUUGCUCUGUCACCUGUGGUGCUGGUGUCAUCACCCGUAUCCGCCUCUGCAACUCCCCCACCCCUCAGCUUGGAGGAAAGGACUGUGAGGGAGAGGGUCGACAAACCGAGAAAUGUCAGAAGUCUCCUUGCCCCAUCAAUGGCAACUGGGGACCCUGGUCACCAUGGGAUACCUGCACUCUAACCUGUGGAGGUGGUGUCCAGAUUCGUAAACGCCUGUGCAAUGACCCUGCACCAAAAUACGGUGGCAAAGAGUGUGUUGGUGAUGCCAAAGACACCCAGUUGUGCAACAAGAAAGCCUGCCCAAUUGAUGGAUGCCUGUCUAACCCCUGCUUUGCUGGAGCAAAGUGCACCAGUUUCCCAGAUGGUUCCUGGAAGUGUGGAAAGUGCCCAGCUGGAUACUCUGGCAAUGGUAUCAAGUGUAAAGAUGUUGAUGAGUGCAAGGAGGUCCCAGACGCUUGCUUUGAGUUUAAUGGUGUGCACCGCUGUGAGAACACAGAUUCUGGCUACAACUGUCUGCCCUGCCCUCCUCGCUACUCAGGACCCCAGCCGUUUGGCAGAGGUGUGGAGCAGGCUGCUGCUAAGAAACAGGUGUGCACGCCCCGUAAUCCCUGCCUCGAUGGAAGCCAUGACUGCAACAAAAACGCCCGCUGUAACUACCUUGGACACUUUGCCGAUCCCAUGUACCGCUGCGAGUGCAAGCCUGGCUAUGCUGGCAAUGGGCACAUCUGUGGAGAGGACACAGAUCUGGAUGGAUGGCCCAAUGCUGACUUGGUUUGUGUGGAGAACGCCACUUACCACUGCAAAAAGGACAACUGUCCCAACCUCCCCAACUCUGGGCAAGAAGAUUACGAUAAAGACGGCAUUGGAGAUGCUUGUGACAAUGAUGAUGACAAUGAUGGCAUUCCUGACGACAGGGACAACUGUCCAUUCGUGUACAACCCGAGGCAGUAUGACUAUGACCGCGAUGAUGUUGGUGACAGCUGCGACAACUGCCCCUACGAUAGUAACCCAGACCAAACGGACACAGAUAACAAUGGAGAGGGAGAUGCCUGUGCUGUGGACAUCGAUGGAGAUGGCAUACUGAAUGAGAAGGACAACUGCCCCUAUGUGUACAAUGUCGACCAGAGAGACACAGAUCUGGAUGGAGUGGGAGACAUGUGUGACAAUUGCCCUCUUGAACAUAAUCCUGAUCAGGUGGAUUCAGAUGAUGACCGUGUGGGAGACAAGUGUGACAGUAACCAGGACAUUGAUGAGGACGGACACCAGAACAACCUGGACAAUUGCCCGUACAUCCCCAAUGCCAACCAGGCUGACCAUGACAAGGAUGGCAAGGGAGACGCCUGUGAUCAUGAUGACGACAACGAUGGCAUCCCUGAUGACAAGGAUAACUGCCGACUGGCCUUCAACCCUGACCAAUUGGACUCUGAUGGUGAUGGCCGUGGAGACGCUUGCAAGGAUGACUUUGACCAAGACAACGUGCCUGACAUCUAUGACGUCUGUCCGGAGAACUUUGACAUUAGUGAGACAGACUUCCGCAAGUUCCAGAUGGUUCCUCUGGACCCCAAAGGCACCUCGCAGAUUGAUCCUAACUGGGUUGUCCGCCAUCAGGGCAAAGAGUUGGUUCAGACUGUCAAUUGCGACCCUGGCAUCGCUGUUGGUUACCACGAAUUCAAUUCAGUGGACUUCAGUGGGACCUUUUUCAUCAACACAGAGAGAGAUGAUGAUUACGCUGGUUUUGUGUUUGGUUAUCAGUCAAGUUCCAGGUUCUAUGUCGUGAUGUGGAAGCAGAUCACGCAGACAUACUGGUCGAAUAAACCCACCAAAGCCCAGGGCUACUCUGGUCUUUCCAUUAAAGUGGUUAACUCCACCACUGGCCCAGGAGAGCACCUCAGGAACGCCCUCUGGCACACAGGGAAUACCACAGGACAGGUCCGCCUUCUCUGGCAUGACCUAAAGAAUGUUGGAUGGAAAGACUUCACUGCCUACAGAUGGCAUCUGAUCCACAGACCGAGAACAGGACUUAUUAGAGUUGUGAUGUACGAGGGCAAGAAGAUCAUGGCAGAUUCUGGUAACAUCUAUGACAAGACAUAUGCGGGUGGCAGGCUAGGUCUUUUUGUCUUCUCACAAGAGAUGGUAUACUUCUCAGACCUCAAGUAUGAAUGCAGAGAUGUCUGAAUGCACAGCGCAGGAAGCUCUGAGGAAUGCACCUUUUUUGUAUAAAGUAUGAACUUAUGUAUUCUGAUGCAAAGUCCAGGGACCGAUCUAUCUCCGCACCUCUUUCUUCUGUGGCACGCACACUCGGACGAGGCGAAGGGCAUGUGGUCAGCCUCAGGGUAGCUUGAGGCUGGUUCGGGCAGAGCACCAACCUGUUGACUGCCACUUGAGGAUCAGAGAGCGCCUUCUCCUCCAUCCAUAGCAUCCACGAGAGCAGGGAGAGCUGGAUAAAAAAGAAAACAAACCCUCUAGCUCUGCCAUUAGGACACAAACACCUUUCUAUCCCAGCUCCGCCUGCUUUCUCGCUCUCUGAAAGACCUCAUUCAUCUCUGUGCGGGAACGGCUCCCCAUAGACAACUAUAGCCACUUCCAAGCCUUUACAUCUCUCUCUCUCUCUCUCUCUCUCUCUCUCUCUCUCUCUCUCUUUCUGUCUCACUUCUUCAGCCUGUGUGCCUUUCUACCUUAUUUUCUGGGUGGACAUCCCAAAGGAAAAAAAAAAUAUUCCCUUUGCUUUACCAUAUCUGCCAGGAUGUAGAUUCUGAAUGAUACAACUUUUGAGGACUCAAAGGAUGAAGACAGCAGUAACAUGUUUUUAGGAAUCUUUGUUGUUGAGGACUUGUGACUUAAGAAAAGGGUUGGGAGUGGAGCAAGUUAGAAAUAAGGGGAACAUGAUGUUGAUGUUUGUGUUCAUGCACUGUAUGUGUAUCUGGCAUACAGUGCAUCUACCUAAGAAUCUCUGUAGAGAAUAACUAUGGAGAAGAUAAAUAUAAAAUUAAAUUUAGGUUAGCUAGCUUUUUAACUUACAAGUAUCACAGGCUUUGUUGAUGUUGUCUGGUUAACUAAACAACUCUCAGGGUGAGAUGGAAGUGACAACCUUCCCAUAUCAAACCAGUAAGAAAAAAAUAUGAGGAUUAUAUUUUACAGAGAAUUACUAGCGCUAGUGAUCUCAAAGCCAGUAUUGCUUCCAAAAUACUCCCCAUCAAAACCUUGGUCAAUAAAGAGAUUUAUCUCCCUCAGCUUUUGAGGAUUUCAAUUUAAAAUUAUGUAAAUACAAGUAAUUUAUUUGACUCUUGCCUACAAUGUAGGCAGCAAAGGAAAUUUGAAUGCUUGGAAAAAGUAAAAUCCAUGCAAUAUCACAACAGAAACGCACCCAAAAUCAAGUACAGCCAGGUGUCAGAAACUGGAUGCUCGCUCUUGUCAGUGUCUAUCAUCUCCCUUUGUACAAAGUGAAUUAGGUAUUCUUCAGAUAGCAUAAGUGUAUGUGACUUGUGUGCCUUUUCUUCAGAGAGAGAUGAAAAACAAAGGAAAUCUUUGAUGUACAAAUAUUACCUCAUUGCUGUUGUAUAAUUUGAUCAAACAAAAACACAACCUAAGUACUUUUUCAUAUUCCUUUGAAAUGGUGGACAUCUUAGUGCUACUGUAGCAUGAGUUGUAAAUAGUAUGACAUUUCAUAUCUAAAAAACACAUUGAGCUCCCAAUCCCGUGAUCUACCCCGGUGAAAAUUACAGUAAAAUGGGAGAUUUCUUUUUUAUAAAUAAUUUUGCUUUAUCAUGUAUGUCCAAUGCUGUUUUUACCAGAUAAAUUAUUGUUCUGUUUUGUCUUAGCUGUUUGUGAGAGGUUGAUUUGUGUGUGUGCGUGUGUGUAGAUAAAUGCUAUUUAAAUAAUUUAUCAGGAUUUGUUGCCUUACCAAAGGGCACAUGUCCAUCUGUAUAAACGGUUUGCACACUGACGUGAGGAUGUUCUGUUCUUUAUCGUUUUUACCUUCUUUGUUAUUGUGUAUCAUUGUUACCAUUAUUUUUGUACAAUUAGUUUGGCUUGUCUGUAAACAUUUUCUUAGUUGUACAAAGCAAAAAUGCUGUUUUUAAUUAUAGCGAUUAUUUUGUUACAUACUUCAAGACAAUAAAUAGUUGUUAAAAUUCUCAA